ACAGGACAAUGCCUUCGCCAGCUUAUACAAUUUUCGUGAACUAUUUCUUUCCAACAACGAAAUCACCAUGAUACAGGACAAUGUCUUCGCCAGCUUAUACAAUUUACGUGAACUAUCUCUUUCCUUAAACAAUAUCACCACGAUACAGGACAAUGCCUUCGCCAGCUUAUACAAUUUACGUGAACUAUAUCUUAACAACAACAGAAUUACCACGAUACCGGACAAUGUCUUUGCCAGCUUAUACAAUUUACGUGAACUAUAUCUUUACGGAAACGAAAUCACCACUAUACAGGACAAUGUUUUUGCCAGCUUAUACAAUUUACGUGAACUUUAUCUUGGCGACAACAAAAUCACCACGAUACAGGACAAUGCCUUCGCCAGCUUAUACAAUUUACGUAAACUGUAUCUUCCUAACAAUAACAUUACCGUAUUGGACAAAGAUAUUUUCCUGGGACUUUCAAAAUUAGAGACUCAGAUAGUUGAAGGCAAUCCUCUGCACUGUGGCUGCAUCUUGGCCGAUUUUCUCAGGUUUGCCAAAUUAAGAAACUUGACGUUAGAACAAAGGUCUGAACCUACAUGUUCAACUCCCAGUAUUCUGACAGGAGUAUUGUUGCGGAAUCUCUCCUCCGAGGACAUGGACUGUGACGUCACUACAGCAAAAACACAAUUUCUGGAAAUUACAGGUAAAAUGAUCAUUUUCUUACGUAAAAAACUCUCACUGAUUUGUCUGCCUUUCCUCAUAGACAACAUAUCCUAUAAUAGACACCUCUUUUUGGAAUCAACUGAAGUUGAAAGGUCAGCUCCUCCUCUAAGUCUUCAACUUAUAGAAGAUCCUGUCAACGAGUCAUUUGCCUCAGAGGAGACUGAUAGUGAGAAGGAUGAAUUUGAAGAAGCCGACUCUUCCCGUCGACCUAGUCUGAUGAAAUUUUGGAGAGUGACCUUGGGGUCAAUUGUGACAGGAAAUUCCUUGUUCCUGAGUGUCAGCUGCAGCUUAUGGAACUCUUUGCAAAUUGUCCCCCUGUGCACAACCAACUUGUGGGGAGAUCAAAGAACUGAAAGGAUCCUCCAUCUCCAUCAUGCAAGACUGCAGAUUUUGUCUCUACCAGCGGUCUUUGAGUAG